GGGGCGGACCGGUACUGCAAAAGGUUCAUUGUUUUCCAAAAUCAAUGUAGGACAACCAGGAAGAGACAUUUGCUGUAUAUAGGUAGUGUUACCAAGAGGAGCCCUCAGAUGAAUGCCACGAGACGUUAUUGAAUACAACGUUUCGCUCACGAGUCAUUGAUCCGAAUCUGUGAAUCUCUUUCCAACUCUACCGAACUUCUACCGUUUGGAUUGAACGGAGAUGACGUGCGUCUCGUUAGUCGGUCACGGUCCGGGCACGGCAGAAGAAAUGAGGAACCGAAAAGAGAAGUGAAUCAUUAUCAUCUGGGGAACAACAUCAUGACUGGAAGAACCCUGAUGGGGGGGACGUGCACCGCGCGGCUCCGUUCAUGUAGAAAGGCACUCGUUCCUCUUUCUCUUCAACCGGAUUUGAUUACCGGUCCGUUUUACUUGCGAUAGAGUCGGUACAUUGUAAUCCGUCUGUCUGUUAAUUGCGGAAGCGGCCAGCGGCAGCGCAGUUACUAAUCGACCUCGCCCAGUCGUUGUCUUAUUUCCUGAAUACGAUUAAUAUCUCCGGUCGCGUGCGUACUUUACCGUUUACGGGACACCGGUGUUCAUUUAAUGUUUUGUGGUGCACCGGCUCCGGUCGUGUAGGCGAACAGGUGGGGAGGAGGACAGGGGGGGGGAUUUAGCACAUAUAGUGUCCCUUAAAAGUUUCCGUUUGUCCGGUAGAGCCCUCGGUUUGUUUGUGGUGACACGUGAGAAGAUGGAGGAGCGGAACAUGCGCGUCGGUAGUGUGAGUGAAGAAGUCCUGGACAGGCUGUCAACGAUGUUGGACAACACCACCUGCGGAUGGAGGCAGCUGGCCGACGCUGUGUCCGAGCAGCCGAAAUUUCGCUGCAGUGAGAGCGAGCUGACCAGCUGCUCACUACAGGUGCUGAGCACUGCAGGCAGCCCAGGACGCACCCUCCUGGGUCGGCUUGCUGACCGUUCCUGCUCCCUGGACUUCCUGCUGCACUGCCUGAGGAAGAUGGACCACCAGGAAGCUGUGCAGUACCUUACCACCACCUUGGCAGAACUGAUCCAGAUCACAGUGCAGCCACAGACCCAGCAGGCCCCCGUGGGGGGGAGGGUGGUAUUGACCUGCAGAGCCUCUGGCCCCCCUGGACUCAGCUACCAAUGGUUUAGAGGCAAAGAGGAGAUUUUGGAUGAGACCGGCAAUACACCAGAGCUGGUUCUGAGUCCUACAGUCCCGGCCCAUCAGGGUCACUAUAUCUGUCGAGUCCACCACGGAGGGAACUUCAUCUUCUCCCAGUGGGCUCACGUUCGCUUUAGCCAGACUGCAGGUUGUAGUCCAGGUUGGAGCAGCAGUCUGUUUCCAGGGUCGGCGAGUGGGCUGUGUGUCAUUCAUCAGCCUCAGUCCCGGGCAGCGUCUGAGGGCGAUUCUGUGUUCCUGGAGUGUACUGCAGAGGCCAACCCGCCUGUGCAGUACGAGUGGUACCACAACAUGGUGCGCAUGACACAACACAAGACUCGCUCUCUCAAGAUCCCAUGUGUGACCACAGCACACAGAGGACAGUACAGGUGCAAGAUGUUCAAUUUGUAUCAUGAGGUCUGGAGUGACACAGCCACGAUCACCAUCGGCCCCAGUUCCAUCACUGAUGCAUCCUGGGUAGAAGUUGAUCGUGGUCUAGACUCACAGGAGGUCCAUAGGUCAACCUCUGGACCAGGACUAAGUCAGCUCCGACAGACGUUCAACCCUCCCUCAUCAGUCAAGCAUUUCUAUGCCACAGACAAAGUUGCUCUCCUGAUCGGAAACAUGAACUACCACUACCACACUCAGCUGUGUGCUCCCAUCGCUGACGUCCACGAGUUGACCAACAUGCUCAGACAAAUGGACUUCAAGGUGGUUUCCCUGCUCGACCUCAACUGGCAGGAGAUGCACAGCGCUGUUACAGAGUUCCUCUUGCUGCUCGACAAGGGCGUCUAUGGCUUGCUAUACUUUGCUGGUCACGGUUAUGAGAAUUACGGCAACAGUUUUAUGCUUCCCAUAGAUGCGCCAGCCUCCCACACAUCAGAGCACUGUUUGUGUGUCCAGAAUAUUCUGACCCGGAUGCAGGAGAAAGAGACUGGACUUAACGUAUUGCUGCUGGACAUGUGCCGCAAAAGAAACCUAUAUGAUGAUGUCAUUGUACAACCAGGACUGCUCAAGUUGACGGCAAAUAUAGUGUUUGGAUAUGCCACAUGCGCAGACGCUAAAGCAUACGAAGUGAAGGGGGAAGACGUGUCAAAUGGCAUCUUCAUAAGGUUCCUCAAACGGCGAGUCUGUGAAGACGAGAAGGUCACAGUCAUGCUAGACAGAGUGGCUGAAGACAUGGGGAGCUGUGACAUCACCCGAGGGAGACAGGCUCUGGAGCUACGCAGUAAUCUGUCAGAACGACGUUCCCUCACCGACCAGAUAGAAACCGCCGAGUGUUCUGCAUCCCAUUCAGCUCGAAACCUGCAGUGGGCUAUUGCUCACGUCCUACCAAAGAGCCUUUGCCUGCAGUUUGACUGUGGAGUGAAGGUUCAGCUUGGAUUUGCUGCAGAGUUCUCCAAUGUCAUGGUCAUCUACACUCGGAUACUUGAGCAGCCCCAUGAAAUAGUUUCCUGCUGUGCUCAGCUCACCGAUUUCCCCGAGGAUGUGGACAUUGAUUUGAAGCAGAGUAACCAGGAGACCCUGCUUGAAGCCGGCAGUUUAUUAUUGAUCAAAGAAAAUCUUCCUUCACCAGAAGUCCCAAGUCUCUACACACGAAUCCGAGGCCUGCAGAGACUCAGGAGGGCGCUCACAUUCACCAUCUGCCUUCAUUACACCUAUUCCAACAUGGAUGACGAGGUACAGGAAAGGCAACCAGUGACAGUUGGUAAACCACUGGUCUCCAAACUCAACCUGCAUGAGCCACGCCCGCCUCACGCCCCCUCUGCCUCCUCAUCCUCCAGCCUCGACUCCUUCAACGUCCCCGAGACCUCCUUCCGUGCCUCGGUUGACUCUGAUGCAUGGUCAUAUCAUGCAUCAGAGGCACAAUCUGGCAGGGAAUCCUCCACGAUUGACUCGCCAACUACAUCCAGAAGGGCCAAUAUUCCAGAGGAGACUGACAGUGAAUAUUUUCAUUCCCCUCAACCACUCGUUGCCAGCAAAAGCCUGCCCCACAGCCAAAUAAAUGACACCAACUACAAAUUUAGUGACAUGUACAAUUUUCAUUCUCACUGAGCAUUAUGAAACUCACGAUUAAACCAUUACACUCUGACAAAUCAGCAGUACAAAAAACAAGAGAGAAAAGCCUGUACAUUUUGCCGUUUUAGUAAAGCUGACGAGAGACUCAUUGUUAUAAUUAUUGUUAUAGUCUUAACUAUGCAUUCAAUUUUGUUAAAUGUUUUUCUUCUUUUUUUAACAGGAAUUUGAUACAUUAUAAUGCAUUGAACAAGUAAAGACUGCAGAUCAACUGUGUUAUAUUUGUAAGAAGGAAGAAAUAAAAACACAUCCGUUUAAGAUGGAUCGUAUAAACUGUU